AUGACUUCACCUGUUCUUCACCAUGUCGACCUUCUCACCCGCCAAUUCCACGAACAGGUCGACCCUCCCCUCCUACCCCUCCCCCAAGGCCGCGACAUCGUUCACCCCGCCGUACAAAGCGCCAUCUAUGCGCACAUGUUCGACGAGACCUCAGUCUGGCCCAUCCCCCCGGUAAACUACCAGACGCGAGUGCUGAAGAUGAUUCUAUCACGGAUCGAAGAAGCGAUCAGCGACCCUGAGGAGGAUGAAAUCCACCCCGACCUCAUCUCCGCCUGGGCGACGCUCAUCUCGCAACCAAAACCGUCCUCCACAAUCCACCAAGCCCAACAACUAACCUACAUCAAAUACACCGCGCCGUGGCCUCCGCCGUCAUCGUCAUCCUCCGACCCCCCACGAACGAUCAUCACCUCCGAAUCGCGCGGCCUGAUCCUCGCCGCUGGCACCACGGGCUUCCGCACUUGGGAAGCUUCUCUCCAUCUGGCGACGUAUCUGUCGAGUACACCUGCCGGGGGGGCGCUCGUGCAGGAGAAGAGGGUCAUUGAGUUGGGUGCGGGGACGGGGCUGGUGUCGAUGUUCUGUGCGAAGUAUCUGCGGCCGAGGAGGGUGGUGGCGACGGAUCGCGAGCCGGCGUUGAUUGAGAAUAUGAGGGAUUGUGCGGGGAGGAAUUGUCUUGAAAACAGACCUGGGGAUGGAGAAGAGCAGGGACAAUUCAGCGCUGCGGUCUGGGAAUGGGGGACGCCGUUGGAUGGUGAGAGCAUGGAUACGGCUGCACAACAGGACGGAGAGCCGAUUUCGAAUGAUGAAAAGAAAGAGACUGCUGCCACACCUACAUUCGACGUUGCCCUUGGUGCUGAUUUGAUUUACGACACAGACCUAAUCCCCCUCCUAAUCUCCACAGUCCACGACCUGUUCCAAAACCACGGAAUCAAGGAAUUCGUGAUCGCAGCGACAUUGCGGAAUCAGGAGACGUUUGGGACGUUUUUGCGCGCUUGUGAAGAGAAUUCGUUCACAGCGGAGCAAGUAUCGUUUGAAUCGCCGUCCAGGGAGCAACAGACGGGGUUCUUUCAUUCGACAGAUGUGCCUAUUCAGAUGUAUCGGAUUACAGAGACAAAGUAA